GCGCCUUCUGGGCUUCUUCCUCUGCGUACUGCGGCUCCUAGGGUUAGGGUUUCUUCUUGCUCCCUCAUCUCGCUCUCCCCCUCUUCUGGGUUCCGGGGAUCCUCCAGCCAUGGCGACGGAGUCGGUGCAGUGCUUCGGCCGCAAGAAAACGGCGGUGGCGGUGACUUACUGCAAACGGGGGCGCGGCCUGAUCAAGGUGAACGGGAGCCCCAUCGAGUUGGUGAAGCCGGAGAUCCUUCGCUACAAGGCCUUCGAGCCCAUCCUUCUCCUUGGCCGCCACCGCUUCGCCGGCGUGGACAUGCGCAUCCGCGUCCGCGGCGGUGGGAAGACCUCCCAGAUCUACGCCAUCCGCCAGAGCAUCGCCAAGGCCCUCGUCGCCUUCUACCAGAAGUACGUCGAUGAGCAGUCCAAGAAGGAGAUCAAGGACAUCCUCAUCAGGUACGACCGCACCCUCCUCGUCGCCGAUCCCCGCCGCUGCGAGCCCAAGAAGUUCGGUGGCCGUGGUGCUCGCGCUCGCUUCCAGAAGUCCUACCGUUAGGUCGGCACCCACCGGUCCUCUUGGGGUCCUCCGUCUUUUGGAACAAUUAUGGGUUUGGACUUCGAUUGGAAAGUUUAGAUCUUGUUUUUUCUUGAGAUGGAUCAUUAACGUUUACUUUGGUGUUAUUGUAUGGAUUUUUAGGGUUUUUAAUUUAACUACAUAGACCUGAUUACAUAAUGCCAUGCGAUGCAAAUUUUGAUUCUCUA